AUGGGCUCCCGACUUGACGAAAACUCCUCUAUAGUUCGCAAACGUAUUGAGUCGCAUACUUUUGAUCAUGAAGAAGGCGAAGAGUAUGAAGGCUCGACGUUCGGCGGCUUCGGCGACUAUAUGCGUCGCAAGAAGCUCAAGCUACAGAACUUGGACGCCGAAAUUCGCUCGUCGGCUGGUGACUGUCCUCCCAUCUUUCGUGGUGUAGUCGCACAUGUCAACGGGUACACGCAGCCUUCUCUGCAGGAUCUCCAUCGGCUGAUCGUUAGCCAUGGCGGCGGGUUCUUGCAAUAUCUUGAUGGGAAGACAGCUGCCACUCAUAUCAUCGCCAGCUCCUUAACCCCGAAGAAGCGAGAAGAAUUCCGGAGAUACCGUAUCGUCAAACCAGCGUGGGUAGUGGAAAGCAUUAAAGCGGGGCGACUGCUCCCAUGGGACUCGUUUCGGGUUGUUGAUGAAGGGCAGUCGCAGAAGAUCUUGAGAUUCGACAACGGACGUAUUCUCAGCCAGUCAAAUUCUCCACAAUCGAGAUACAGAGACCAAAGUACGUCAAGUUGGUAUGCGUCCCAACUGAAGGAAUCUAUGGUGGUCAUGGAGACUGGACUGGAUGAAUCUUUACCUCGUUUGGUUGAUACCACCACAACCACUGAAUCAGCAUCGGAUGAUCGUUUGAUCAACCAAUCUCAGUCGGAUUAUGGUGAAUUCCCCAGCUUUACGUCCUAUGAAGACACCACCAAACGGCCAACACCCCCAGAGCCUCGCAUUAUCGAGGAUACCGAGGCUCCAGUGACCAACAUACCUCCUUCGGAACAGGUAGAUCCAGCGUCGGAUUCAAUGGAUGAUCAACCACCGGACCCUCCACCCGAUGUAGCCCCUAGUCCCCCGUCCGCCGGGCAUGACACCAUCGCUGUCAGAUCUGACAUGACCCCAGAGGAAUAUAAUGCACAACUCUUAGCAGAUCCUCGGAUGAGGAACUCCAGCGUCGCCAAUCCCGAGUUUAUACAACAGUUCUACAGAGAAUCCCGAUUGCACCACCUUUCGACCUGGAAAGCUGAACUGAAGGCUCAGCUUCAGGCAAGCGCUCGGGAGAAAUCCCAAGCACAAGAUUCGCGUCGCAAACUUGCACCUGGUGCAAGGCGCUAUAUACUCCACGUUGACUUCGAUUGCUUUUUUGCAGCUGUAUCGUCGCUUAAACACCCAGAACUCGAUGGCAAGCCAGUCGCCAUCGCUCAUGGUACUGGGUCAGGCUCUGAGAUUGCAAGCUGCAACUAUCCUGCCCGCGCUCGGGGGGUCAAGAACGGCAUGUGGAUGAAAGGUGCUCUUCAGGAAUGCCCUGAGUUGAAGGUGCUACCUUAUGAUUUUGCCGCGUACGAAGAUGCGAGCCAGAAAUUUUACAGCUCUAUUCUUUCCAUUGAUGGUGUCGUCCAGAGUGUUAGCAUUGACGAGGCACUCGUGGAUAUCACGACACAAUGCCAUGAGGCUGGCGGCACUGAUGGCCGUGGAAUAUCCGAAGGUUCCAUCUAUCGAGAACAGGCCAGAGCCGACGAAAUAGCGCAGAAUCUACGCGACUCUGUGAAAGCAAAGACAGGCUGUGCUGUCUCUGUGGGAAUUGGCGGUAACAUUUUGCAAGCCAAGGUGGCUUUGCGAAAAGCGAAACCCGCCGGUCAAUUCCAGUUGAAACCGGAUGCGGUUCUAGACUUCAUUGGGAAUUUAUCUGUACAGAAUUUACCUGGAGUUGGGUACAGCCUCGCCACAAAAAUGGAGGAGCUUGGCGUGAAGCUAGUCAAAGAUAUCCGGGAACUGUCGCGUGAGAGGCUCACUUCUACCCUCGGCCCCAAGACAGGCGCUAAGCUCUGGGAUUACGCUCGCGGGAUUGACCGUACUGAAGUUGGAAACGAAGUGAUGCGGAAGUCUGUCUCCGCGGAAGUCAAUUGGGGGAUCCGGUUCGUCAAUCAGGAGCAAGCGGAUGAUUUCGUCAAGUCGUUGUGCGCCGAGCUCCACCGCCGUCUGGUAGAGAACCUAGUGAAGGGGAAACAAUUGACACUGAAAGUGAUGCGCAGGUCUGCGGAUGCGCCACUGGAGCCGGUCAAACACUUGGGUCACGGGAAGUGUGACACCUUCAACAAGAGUGUCAUACUUGGGGUGGCAACGAAUGCAACUGAUGUUCUCGCUAAAGAGGCAAUCUCCAUGCUGAAAGGGCUCGCAAUUUCGCCUGGUGACUUGCGAGGAUUGGGGGUUCAAAUGACGAAACUGGAACCUCUCAAACCAGGGCCAGGAGGGAGUGUCAGUAGCAGUCAACAACAACUGAAUUUCAAGGCAUCUCCCGUGCGCAAAAGCGUCGAGAAACAUCACGAUCCCGAUGAUCUGGAAAGCCCUCACAAAGGCGAAACUGACUCAGUUCGCCACGGCCCAUCUCUGAAUGAUAGCACCCAGAAGCCUCUCAAUCUUUCGGGCACUCAGUUCAUCAUGCCAACCCAAACAGACCCUAAGGUCGUUGCCGAACUUCCCAAUGACAUCAGAUCCCGACUUAUCUCGCAGGGCAAGUCCCGACAAAAUUCUCGAUCAACUUCGCCUUGCCCUCCCGCACGCAAUGCCCAACGAUCUGCAGCAACAGAACUCCCUCCUCAGUCCCAGCUAGACCCUGACGCCCUUGCCGCGUUGCCCGAGGAUGUACGAGCCGAAGUACUUGGUUAUUACAACCAGCCAUCGAGGACAACAAACCCCCCGCAAGCAGCAGCUAUUGCAUCAAGCGCUCGGCCCUCAUCGUCAGGAGGCCUGAUGUUCAAAAAGCCUACAACGCCAACCAAGAAGCGACGCGGCCGCCCUAGCACUAAAGCAGUCGGCAACAUGACCCUUACGCAAUCGAACUUCAUGUUUGUCAGGACAACCACGUCCUCGACGGUGAAUGAGGAGCCUCGUUCAAGGCAGGCCACCCCGGGGGUAGAAGAAACGGAAAUAUCAGAGGAGUUCCUCGCAGAGCUCCCAGAUGACAUCCGCCGCGAAGUUCUCGAGGAGCAAAAGAGGGCCCGUAUGUUGCAACAGCGUUCUACCAACGCCCCUGCGUCAGCAAAACUCCAACCGCCCGCCCCUGCCCCUGCCCCGCCACAGCCGCAAAAACGACUGAAGCUUCCUCCACUCCCCGAGAAACCUACAUUCACGUCCAGGAAGCUUUCAAGUCUGCCAGAUUUGCGCAAUGCAGUUGGUUCCUGGCAUGCGGCGUUCGCUGACGAAGGUCCUUUCACUGAUGACGUUGAUUCACUUUCUCACUACCUGACCCGUGUCGUUCUCGAAGAGAAAGAUAUCGACAAAGCCGUGUCUGUUGUCAGCUGGUUGACAUGGCUCGUUGAGGAUAUGAAGGAAGCAAGUGGACCUUCUAAAAGCGCAUCGACUAGUCGCUUGGAAGGCACAGUCACCUGGGAUGAAGCCUUACAGAAGAUUCGCACGAGCGUCAAUGAAGGUCUCGACAAACGAGGGUUGCCUCAUGCCGACUUCGCUUGA